ACGCUUUGUGUUUAAAAGGCGGCGACGGUUGGGCGGGAGCGGUGGCCGCUGGUUUUGGACGUUAAUUGUCGGCGGGCAGGAAAUCGGUUAAAGGGGCGAGCGGGGGUUGGCGGCGGGCCGGCAGCAGCAGCAGACGGGCUAAUGUGUGAGGGAAGGCGGGCGGCGAUGGUGCCCCGGGCCGCUCCGCGACUCCGCCCGCAGGCCUCCUCCCGUCGCUGCGCACCGCGCUCGCUUGGCUCACACCCGCGGCCUUCUGUCAGCCCGAGAACGGCGGGCGCGCUCCCGACACACGGCGCCUGGCGGCGGCCCGCCUCAGCCUGAGGCCGCGCACCGAGCCCGGAGCGAGGGGGAGGCCCGAGCGGCCCCGGACGUCGCGGCUGCUGCUGCAGCAUCACUAUCUUGAGUCCUGGUUUGACCUGUAGCUGGAGUAAGUCUUCCACAAUGAAGCUGUUGGAAAAUACAAGUUUUGAGGCUAUUAACUCUCAGCUUACCAUAGAAACUGGUGAUUCUCGCAUUAUUGGGCGGAUAGAGAGCUAUUCCUGUAAAAUGGCAGGGGAUGACAAACAGAUGUUUAAACAAUUCUGUCAGGAAGGACAACCUCAUGUCCUGGAAGCUCUUUCCCCACCUCAGACCACUGGAAUCAGCCCGAACAGGUUGAGUAAGAGCCAAAGUGGGGAUGAAGGAGAGGGACCACUCUGUGACAAGUGUAGCCGCAAGACACUGUUCUACCUGAUUGCUACACUCAAUGCAUCGUUCCGCCCAGAUUAUGACUUCAGCGCUGCAAAAAGUCACGAAUUUAGCAAAGAGCCCAGUCUGAACUGGGUGGUGAAUGCUGUGAACACCAGCCUGUUUUCUGCUGUUGGGGAAGAGUUUAACACUUUGAAGCCCCAACUUUGGGAUGCUGUUGAUGAAGAGAUCUGUCUCUCAGAGUGUGACAUCUACAGCUACAAUCCUGAUCUGGACUGUGACCCAUAUGGUGAGGAGGGCAGUCUCUGGUCCUUCAACUAUUUCUUCUAUAACAAGAGACUGAAGAGGAUCGUAUUUUUCACGUGUCGCUCUGUCAGUGGGUAUUUGUACAGUCAGUGCACUGAAAUCAGCAACAACUUCGACAUGGACUUGGACGAUGAAGAGGCCCUCGAUCAGGAUGAGGAGGAUGAAGAUGAAGCAGAAGCCAUUGAAGAGACCAGGUACCAAACAGUGUGUGUCUAAGCACCAAGCAGAUCAUCACUCUUCAGCACCAUCUGCUUCCUUUACCCUUCAAACUGACUGCAUUUCUACGGAGCUGAGUGUGAAAGACCAGCACUUAAAUCUCAGGCAUUAAAACUUCUGACAGUUUCAACCUGUAACCGAGCCCUUGCUUCCAAGAGGCUUGCAGCAGAAACUUCGAGCAGGACUUGGUUUUUAAAAUGGCUGCUUGCAGGAUUACAGGAGUGGACGGAUCGUUGUGUUUUGUCUCUGUUGCUGACAUCCAUCUCUUGUUGCACUGAGCCAUAUGUUGUGGAACAUAUUUAGGAAGCAAGGUGAAGAGACUUCUGUCUUCUGUAAGCAACAAGAGUGGGCACACCGGCAUGUUCCAUGGAUCAGGGUAAGCCUUGCCCUUACCGAACCACAAAUUUUGUCAAGGAUCCGUCUUACUAGGACCUGGUAGGAUGGCGAAAAUCAGCACAGCGUUGACUUCCUGGUGCUUCCAACAGUGCACCCCAAGCACCUGAUGACUUGUGCUGCUGGUUUCCAGCUGGUGUGGCGAGUGGCUGAUUGUACAAGUCUGGAACAGAUUCUGCAUACGGACAACCGAUCUAUCACCACUGCAUUCUGCUCCUAAAGUGGUUGUGCUUUCCGCUAUGCUAAGCUCCCUCUAUGCCUACCACCCUCCACCAUUUUGAUGAGGCUAUAAUCUUUCGGAUGGUUCUCCUUGGUCAACAGACUAGAUGAUUUUGUUUUUAUUCUGUCUGGGUUCCAUUUCUGGACUGGAGCUUGCACUUAAGCAGAUCCUUGCAGUCUCAUCCUGUUAAGUCUCUUUUACAUUUUUUUUGGUUUACAAAAACAUAAAAAUUGUUGUAAAAUAAAUCCUUUUAAUGAG